CUAAAAAUGCAUUCGCUUGCGUUAUUUUGAAAAGCCGUCCGUAAACUUACAAAUUUUUGACUUUUUUGAUUUUAUUCAGACAAUUUAUAGCACAAUCAACUUGUUUUAAAUGUUUCCAGUGAUAGACAACCACAUGGUUUCAUAAACGGAGUCCAAACAGCCCGGUUCAAUAACAGCUGUUGAUCCGCCCGCGAUACCAAGGCGACACGGAAGCCUGCACUACUUCCGUUAUUUACUCUACUAUCGAUUCUAGUCCUCACUUAUGUAAUCACGACUGCCCCAAUCCAUUCAGCAUUAGUGAUUGAGGAGCAACAGUAGGCGCCACACUCGAUACCCCUGUCGGAUGAUCGGCUCCAGACGUUCCCUGUUCCCAUCGUUGGCCGCCAUGAUUCCGGGAGUGUACAAACACUGGAACUGUCGCAAUAACGUUUACCCCAGGUCCGAUGUUCGCCGGUAUCCGGUUCCGGAUGAGAGCGUUUUCUGGACCGCCUCCUAUCCGGACUAUCAACCACCGGUACACGAGGCGGAUGUGUUAAAAGGGAAGGAGUGGGCCGAUUUGGAUAUCGAUGACCCGAAUUUUAAGGCCAAAUGGAACCAGCUGGAUGGCAACGUGAAUCGUGUUAGCUUUGUAGGGGAAUACGAGGUUUUGAAUGGGUAUCCACAGAAUAUGUUUGGGCGUACCGGGUUGCGUGGAAGAGGUCUGCUGGGGCGAUGGGGACCGAAUCAUGCUGCCGAUCCGGUCGUUACCAGGUGGAAGGUUAAUAGUGCCGGCAGACAGGUGGUUGACGAAAGAACUGGGAAACGGGUGCUGCAAAUGUGUGCCAUUGAAAGGCAGGACUGUGGAGCGUGGGCUAUUCCCGGUGGGAUGGUCGAUCCCGGGGAACAGGUAAGUGCUACUUUGAAGCGGGAAUUUAUGGAGGAAGCCAUGAGCGAAUCGGGGGAAACGGAAGAGGUGGAACGGUUUUUCAAGAGUGGUCAAGAGAUUUACAAGGGUUAUGUCGAUGAUCCGAGAAAUACGGAUAACGCUUGGAUGGAAACUGUGGCCGUUAAUUUUCACGAUGAGGAUGGGCAUGUCGUGGGAAAAUUUAGCCUUUGCGCAGGGGAUGAUGCGGCGAAAGUCAGGUGGAUGGACAUUGAUUCUGGGGUGAAGUUGUAUGCGAGUCAUACCAGUAUUGUUAGGAAGGUCGUUGAAUUGUUAAAUGCCCAUUGGUAGAAUUUAAUUUAAAAAAGUGGAUACUUUAAAAUAUAUGCAAGUUAAGUUUUGUUGAGGGUUCUGUCCAUUCUGUUUAUUCCUUAUGUUAGGUACAGUCAAGCGUUGUUAGUAAAGCACUUUCAUAAGAA